AUGUCUUCCUCUGAGAACAUUAUUUCCAGUCUCACUGCCAACGAGAUAAGGCUGCUCGUGCUCGGCACCGUUUGUACCCCUGUCAAGAUGGACUUCGACAAACUGGCCAACCUCGCCGGCAUCAAGAGGGCCUCCGCUGGAGCCAUGUGGGGACGGGCCAAGAUAAAGCUUGAACGGGCUCUCGGCGAUGAACUUGGUUCCAUUGAAUCUCCCACAAAGACCACCAAGGCGAAGAAGAUUGCACGCAGCCGCAAGAAGGAUAACAAAACCGAACCCGCCGAAGAGCCUGCCGCGGAAAGUGAGAUGGAAGGCGGGCCUGUCGUGGAUGCUGAGGCCAGCGAGGAUGACUAG